GGAGUUUCUACAGUUGCAGUUGGAACUUCAUGCUGUUUGCACUGAAUUAACUUGGGACACAUGGAAGCGACCCCACCAGACUUAGGACCAGUUGGGCGAGUCGGAAUAUGAUACAGACGCACCAGCUUCAAAACUAGUCAUCGGUUCUGCUUCAUUGACGUCGACGUUUUUGUUCACUGAGUUGCUAAUCAUCAGAGAAAAAAUACGUGAAACCAAAAUGAAAAGAGGGCAGUGAUUGUAUCUUUGAAACGAAGCUAAGCUAAGCUCCAAGCAAUUAUACUAUUUUACUACGCUUACUUUUCAUAAUUUGGUUUAUGGGUUUAUUUUGUCGCCAGGAAAACAUUGCUGUUUGCAGAAUGUAAUCCGGUUUAACACGUUACACAAGGAUUCACGUGGUGAGCUUUAUUGUAUGUGCAAACUGUGACUUGAUGUUUACAGGAAACUUGUGCAUAAUAAAUGUGUCCCAGUGAACCAACAAACAUGGGUUUAUUAAAGGCAUUGUACUGAAUCCAAACAACUUUACAGGAACGUGUUUUGUCGCCUACCUGUUCUGAUAACAGACGCUUAAAAUGUCCUGUACCUGGACAUAAACUUUUGCAACGAGGAAGCAGCCUAGCUAGUAGUUCAUAAAACAGCACAAAACCAGAAACAUUUUAGUUAAAAUAAAUAAUAUAGUGAGACAAACAAUGGAAGAAGAAACGGAAGAACACGUUAACAAGACAGCGUGGUGGAACAUGUCGACUCUCUUCAGACGUGUGUCCAACUUGGUUUGGGGAACGUCGAAGCGAAAUCGAGACCAAAAUGACAAAAAGUCGAAAAAAGACACAGGAGAGCCCGACAAACAUGUCAGCUCAUUUUCUGAGGCAGACGACAAAACAUGUGGCGGCAAAAGCAGUCGAAAGAAAGCGGCGGCGCGUGACCGUCAAAGAGACCGCACAGAAGAGAAAUACAACAUGGCUGCCGAGACAGCAGACGAUGUAUUGGCAAAUGACGUAUUAGCAGACGACACUGUGACAAGCACGACAGUUGCACAAAUUAACUCCGAGAGACCACACGAAUCCAGUGAUGAACAAGAUGAAAGUUUUAUCAUUACAAGCAGUCAGGACAGUACCAAUGGUAUAAUGGAGAAGACAAGACGCAGUAGCUCGACUGACUCCAGAAAUUCGGAAAAAUCCAUUUCUGAAGAAUUAACGUCUUCAAAUUUAUCACCGGAGCCAGAAAAUGAUGCAAAGACUGGUGAUGAUGACAACCAACAAAAACCGAAGUUAAAAUUAAAGCAUGUAUUGAAAAGAAAGAUCAGCCAAACUCUGCUUCAUGUCGAUUUUGAUAAAUGUGAACCCGAAAUAGCGGUCAGCAUUUUAAAAAUUUCGACCGUACAAACAUUUGGCGCUUUGAAGAAAAAGAUAAAGAAGAGCAGUAGGGACUGGAUUCAGGGAUUCCUGGAUGCGAACGGACUCGGUGUUCUGCUGGACUGCGUGGAUACCCUGGGUAGUAAGCGGGUAACUCAGCUGUCGGAUGCCAUGCUUCUGCUGGAAUGUGUCUCUUGCGUAAAGGUUGUGAUGAACUCCAAACUUGGAUUGGAAUGUCUGGUGCAGAACGGAGAUUUGUACGUCAGUCGACUUGUCAAAGCUCUGGAUACGUCAAACGCAAUGGUGAAGAAGCAGGUGAUAGAACUGCUGUCUGCAUUGUGUGUGUACUCACCAGAAGGUUACAGACUCGCUCUUGAUGCUCUCGAAACAUUCAAGACAAUGAAGAAACUGCGAUACCGAUUCAGCCUGAUCCUCAAUGAGCUGAAGUCGGCGGAGUUAGUCCCGUACAAGACCACACUGAUGGCCUUCAUCAACUGUAUCCUGGUGGCCACCGACGAACUCAAGGAGCGAUCCAUGAUUAGAAACGAGUUCAUUGGUCUGCAGCUGCUGGAUGUGAUCCACUGCCUGCAGGACGAGCUGGAUGAGGAGCUGGCGAUCCAGUGCGAGGUGUUUGAGGACGAGCGUCACCUUGACGACGACGAACUUGAAUCUCUGAUGACCACCAGCCUGGAUAUCAACAACCAUGAGGUGGUCUUCAAGGCCGUGCUACAGAAGGUCUACAAUACUCCACAUGCCGACAUGUUCCUGGUGAUCCUACAGUCGCUGUUACAAAUAGACCCGGACAUCAACCUCAGUGAUAACCAGUGGAAGCUGAUGGAGUUGGCUGCAGUGAAGACCAGUGUUUUAAAUGACUCGGAGACUGUGGACAAAACCUCUGUGGACAAAAUGUUAUCCAAAUAUCAAGAGCAAACCACUGUAUACAAUGAAAACAAACAAACACAGACGGAAAUCACAAACCUGAUUGGACAGACGGACAUUGGCAGUGCAAUAAAUGAAGAAACUCUGAGAAGGAGACUUGUCUCCCCUUCCACAGGAGAGAAGUAUGUGGUUGGUAGGCUUGGCUCGGCAGGGCCUAAUAAGGAUGUUCGUUGUGAUAAUGUUGAUAUUAACUCUAAUUCUCUCAUCAAUGGAGUUUGUGAUAAUGCAAUACUGACUAAUGGUGCUGUUUCCCCUUCCCCUCGACCUCCUUCAUUCUCAGGAUUUGCCUCCAUUCCGUCCCCUCCACCUGCACCCCCACUUCCAGGAUCUCAAAAUAUUUCUACCUCCUUGUCUCAGAGUAACAUUCCUGUUCCACCCCCACCACCCGCUCUCCCAGGUUUUCCCACGCCACCUCCACCUCCCCCUUUACCAGGAGUUCCCACCCCACCCCCACCACCUCCUCUCCCAGGAUCUUCUGUUCCACCCCCACCACCUCUUCCAGGCUCUUCUGUUCCACCCCCACCCCCUCUCCCAGGAUCUUUUGUUCCACCCCCACCACCACCUCUUCCAGGCUCAUCUGUUCCACCCCCACCCCCACCCCCUCUCCCAGGCUCCUCUGUUCCACCACCCCCACCCCCUCUACCGGGUGUUCCACGUCCUCCUCCACCCCCUGGUGGCCCUCCACCACCACCACCUCUACCAGGUGGGCCACCCCCACCACCACCCCCUCCAGGAAGUGGAGUUCCACCCCCUCCGGGAUUGAACCGAUUAGGAAUGUUUCAGUACCACAACCCGACAGUGCCGAGAUUUCAAGCUAUUACAACACCGAAACCUAAACACAGGAUGAAGACCUUCAACUGGUCCAAGGUCGCGCCAGGAUCACUCAACAAUGAGAUGAAUGUAUGGAAAGAUGUUCUGUCCAUGUCUGACACGGUUAAAGUCAAGUAUGAUACUAUUGAACAGCUCUUCUGUCAGAAGACUGUCGAGAAAGCCGUGGUUACAGAGGAGAAAAAAGUCAAAGCUCCAACAGAGGUGAACCUGCUGGAUAUGAAGAAAAGCAUGAACAUCAACAUCUUCUUGAAGCAGUUCAAGUCAUCCAAUGAGAAGGUCGUGGAGCUCAUUAAGAGUGGAGAUGACAAGACCAUCGGAGCAGAAAGGUUGAGAGGUCUUCAGAAGAUUUUGCCAGAAUCAGAUGAGAUUGCAAUGGUGAAAGCAUAUGAUGGUGACAAAGAAAAGCUUGGUAAUGCAGAAAAAUUCUACCUGUUACUGAGUACAUUGACUGGAUUCAAAGUUCGAAUUGAAGGCAUGUUGCUCAAGGAUGAUCUACGAGUUACCAUGGAAUCGUUGCAGCCAAAUGUCACCUUAUUUAUGAAAGCCUGCAGCAUUCUCACUGAAACCGACUCACUGAAAUCUUUUCUACGUUUUGUCCUUCAUACAGGAAACUUCAUGAAUGCUGGUGGAUAUGCUGGGGAUGCGUUGGGUUUCAAAGUGGCCUCACUCAACAAGCUGGCAGACACACGAGCCAACAAACCGCGCGUCACACUGCUGCACUACCUGGUGGACGAGGCACAGAAAGAAAACAAGGACAUCUUGGUGUUCGCCGAUGAUAUGCUACCGACUCUCACUCCAGCUUCCAGAUUGACAUUAGACAACAUGAAGUCUGAACUGAACCAGAUGAAAAACAACGUGAAUAAACUGAAGACUCAGGUUGAGAAGUCUGAAAAUGAUGUUAAGCAACAGUUUGAUCAGUUCAUACAGACUGCUAUGGAGGACAUUGCACAUUUGGAUGAGAGGCUAAAGGAAGUUGAAGUUCUCAUAAAGAAGGUGGCCUAUCAUUUCUGUGAGGAUGAGAAGAGUUUUAAGAUGGAGGAAUGCAUCAUGAACUUCAAAAUGUUCUGUGAGAAGGUCAAACAGUGUGAGAAGGAUAAUGAGCAAAGAAAACAGCAGGAAAUACGAGCAGAGAGAAGAAAGAAAGAACAAGAAGCUAUGAAGGCCAGAGUUGGAAGUAAAGAGUUGAAAUCUCCCCAGGACGAUGAUGGCUGUAUUAUAGACAGACUUCUAACAGACAUCAAGAAAGGUUUCAAGCUGAGAAAAGCACCCACAAUAAAAUCAGAGAAAAAACCAGUUCUCAAAGUCAAUGCAAAUAAAGAGGACAGUGCAAAAGCUUCAAAUGAAAGCAAAGAGCAAACAAAAUCAACAACAGUUCCAGUCAAAACCGGUGAUAGCCAAGAUGAAGCAAAAUCAACAGACAAACCAGUCAAAACCAGUGAAAGCAAAGAUGAAGCAAAAUCAACAGAAAGUCCAAUCAAAACCAGUGAAAGCAAAGAUGAAGCAAAAUCAACUGAAAGUCCAGUCAAAACCAGUGAAAGCAAAGAUGAAGCAAAAUCAACAGAAAGUCCAGUCAAAACCAGUGAAAGCAAAGAUGAAGCAAAAUCAACAGAAAGUCCAGUCAAAACCAGUGAAAGCAAAGACAAGGCCAAGAAAAGGAAAAAUAAAAGCAAAUCAAAGGCUAAAGCUCUAGAGAAUUCUAAAGCAAGUGAAAAAGAAAAUGAGGCUGCAGAAAUGUCCAAGGCAAGUGAAAGCAAAGAGAAGGCCAACCCAAUAAAACAUUCUGAAAAAAGUGAAAGCAAAGAUAAGGUCAAAUCUAUGGAACAUUCUUUGUCAAAUGAAAGCAAAGAGAAGGCCAAACCAAUGGAAAGCAAAGAUGAAGAUAAACCUUUGAAAAAUUCUGAAACAAGUGAAAAACAAAAGGCCAAACAGAAUGAACAUUCACAAAUAAAAGAUGAAGCUAAAUCAAAGGAGGAAUCUGCUUGUUAGUGCCAUUUAUAUGCUAUUCAAAAUAAGAAGAGAAUAUUCAAAUUUAACACAAUGCAGUAGUGUGUAAUAUUUAUAGUAAUAAUUGCAGUGAGUAGCAAGGCAAAAGCAAUGAUGUGACAAACCUUUCAAGUGAUACAGAGGUAUGCUCAAACCAGAUUGUGAUGGGCAGUAAGAGUGAAGCUUGUGAAGUUCAAGUUAUCUAUUUAUGCAUUAAUAAUGCAUAAAAACAUUGUGGUGCUCUAAACAAGUAUGAAUCCAACAUGCCAUGCAUCAUAUAAAACCUCCAGUAGAUAUCCUGUCCAUUACCUCCUGUAGCACGACCAAACUUUCCGCAAUAUUACCUGCAAUAUUACCUGACGAUGUCCCACAUAUGUUAAACGAAGGAAAAGGUUCAGGUUUAAGACUGGUUAUGGUAGUGUAUUGAUAUUCUUGUGAUUUGUAUGAUUCUUCAGCCCAUACGUAUUUAUAUUUGAAAUCAAAUAUCCCAUGCUAAUUUUAAACAAAGUAAGAUAAUUUGUAAUAGAAAUAAAUAGAUAAUAUCCUGUUUAGGCUGAAUGGGAAAUUCUGCUCGGCAAGUCUUGUGGAAUUUCCUAUUCUUACCUUCACAGGAUAAAGCUGAUAUCCGACGUCAUUACCUAGUUAUUAUUUUUAUCCUGCAGUCCAUAAAAUUAAGGUGAAAAACUAUUAUUUCUGUUAUUUCAGUGACAUUGUAUGAUGACCUAGAGGCCAAGUGAGCGACUUUAGUAAUGUAACUAUGCAUGUGACAUCAGUUGCGUGAUGUCAAAAUUCAUAAUCUGCUUGCAAACGUUUAUGACUUUGUUUUAAUCGGUGAUCAUAAUCUGUCAAUAGAAACAGUGGUUGCAGGAUAAAUAUAUAUAUGUGUAUCGAGAAACUGUGUACAACAUUCUAACAAAUGAUAUUGGUUGUAGAGUGGGCUUAAAAUUCAUUCAUUAUGUUUCGAGAGAAAAAUUGACACCAGCAGAUUUAAAAACUGAACUGGCUUUAGUGCAGGAUUUUACUUAAUCCUAUUUGGAAUCUCUUUGAGUCUGUGAUGAAACUGCAGUGUCCUGCACACCAAGACAAUGGAUUGAAACAUGUUUAUUGAUGUCCAAGUACCAAGUGUUUUAAGACUACUUUGAGAAUGUCAUCUCCAUCCAAUCUGCUUGCAUCUUCAUCUAUAGAUAGCUCUAAGAGGGGAUGCUACAGGUAAUCACAGGACUCCAGUGUGGUCUUCAUUAAUCAGUAAUGGGUGUCUGGCGGAAGAGACAGCCGGAGUGAAUCGGUUAAUGAACCACUUGUUCGGGCUGGUACUAACGCCAGAUGUGGUCAUAUAGCAAUAAACUGAGACGGAAAUGUUCUAAAUUUUGGAGUGAAAAUAAAUGCUUAUAUAAUGUA